UCGGAGCCCCCCACAGAGGGGGAUACCCACCUGCCACUACUCACCUGCCAGCUGUUUCCAUGGCUCUUUUCUGCGUGCCUGGGAUUGGACUCCGGACUGAGCGCUGGGAUGCUGGCUUUCACCUUAUCCAAGUUUCGCAGCAUGCAUGUUGACAAUCGGAAUCCUGGGCCAAUCAAGAAAUAAAUUCAAAGUGGCACUCCAAGACUCUCCGUUGGAGACUCCAUCAAGUCUAAUUUGAAACUAGUAAAGAGGGUCCCUCCUCUGACUAGUGGAUCUUUGCCCGGGCCCCUCCUCACUGAUACUUGGACUGUGGCGACUCCAGGGUGCUCUUGGAUGGAAACGGGUGUGUGCACUCUGAAGACCUGACCUCAACACUCAGAAACCUCAAGGAUGGACAGAGUUUAUGAAAUGCCGGAGGAUCCAAGUGUGGAUCAGGUUUCAUCACUGGAGGAAGAUGUCAUCCGUGGGGCCAACCCCCGCUUUACCUUCCCGUUUGGCAUCCUCUUCUCCACCUUUCUGUACUGCGGGGAGGCUGCAUCUGCCUUGUAUAUGGUUAGAAUUUAUAGAAAGAAUAAUGAAAGCUAUUGGAUGGCGUACACCUUCUCCUUCUUUAUGUUUUCAUCCAUUAUGGUCCAGUUGACCCUCGUUUUUGUCCACAGAGAUCUGGCUAAAGAUAAGCCUCUAUCGUUGUUUAUGCAUCUCAUCCUCUUGGGACCUGUUAUCAGAUGUUUGGAGGCCAUGAUUAAGUAUCUCACACUGUGGAAGAAAGAGGGGCAGGAGGAGCCCUAUGUCAGCCUCACCCGAAAGAAGAUGCUAAUAAAUGGCGAGGAGGUGCUGAUAGAAUGGGAGGUGGGCCACUCCAUCCGGACCCUGGCUAUGCACCGAAAUGCCUACAAACGUAUGUCACAGAUCCAAGCCUUCUUGGGCUCAGUGCCCCAGCUGACCUAUCAGCUUUAUGUGACCCUGAUCUCUGCAGAGGUUCCCCUGGGUAGAGCUGUGCUAAUGGUCUUUUCCCUGAUCUCUGUCACCUAUGGAGCUACCCUCUGCAAUAUGUUGGCUAUGCAGAUCAAGUACGACGAAUACAAGAUACGCCUUGGGCCUCUGGAAGUCCUCUGCAUCACCAUCUGGAGGUCAUUGGAGAUCACUUCCCGCCUAAUGAUUCUGGUGCUCUUCUCAGCCACCUUGAAAUUAAAAGCUGUGCCCUUCUUAUUGCUCAAUUUCCUGAUCAUCCUCUUUGAGCCUUGGGUGAAGUUCUGGAGGAGUGGUGCCCAGAUGCCCAGUAACAUUGAGAAAAAUUUCAGCCGGGUAGGCACACUAGUGGUGCUGAUUUCAGUCACUGUCCUCUAUGCAGGCAUUAACUUCUCUUGCUGGUCAGCCAUGCAAUUGAGGUUAGCAGAUAGGGAACUUGUUGACAAGGGUCAGAACUGGGGACAUAUGGGCCUCCACUAUAGUGUGAGGUUAGUGGAAAAUGUGAUCAUGGUUUUGGUUUUUAACUUCUUUGGUGUGAAAAUAUUACUGAAUUACUGUCACUCCCUGAUUGCCUUGCAGCUCAUUAUUGCUUAUCUGAUUUCCAUUGGCUUCAUGCUCCUUUUCUUCCAGUACUUGCAUCCAUUGCGCUCACUCUUUACCCACAAUGUAGUGGACUACCUCCACUGUGUCUGCUGCCACCGACACCCUCAGGGCAGGCCUGAGAACUUACAGUCAUCUUGUGAGGCCGAAGCAAGGCAAAGCAUUGUUUGAUUCUGUUUUUCAUCUGGAGAUGGGUUGGGAUCUUCCAAGAGCAACAAUGAGACCUAAGGAGGGUGAGUACCCACAAGAAUAUUUUCUUGAGAUUUCUGGUAAGCCCAUCUGAAGAAACAACAGACUCCAAAUGCGUUUUGGUUCCUUAAGACUGCUGGUCAUAAUGAGGACCCACUACAUACGUGGAAGCUUCAGAGAUACUGUUCAACACCUACCCCAAACCCUCUUAGCUGUCUGACUGCCCGAUGGAAUAUAACUUUCUAGCUCUGCUAAUUUGCUUCAGACUUCACGGAACUAUUCUGGGAUGAGCUGAAGGAAGGCCCAGGAUUCUUACCAGUUGUGGGAACCUCAGAGGUACCAGUCUGACACAUGUGGAAACUGCAACUGUGGGAGUGUCUGAACUUCUUUAAUUCCAAACAGAACCUCUGCCAAGAGGAAGGCCCUUAUUGUUGAAAGAGCUUCUCCCUAAAUAACUUAGCUCUCCAUCAAGAUUUCCUAGUAAUCAUUCAAUAAGGAUCUAUUCUCUGGCAGGCCUUUGGGCUUUCGUAGGCACACUUGGACUGGGGAGUGCCGAAUAGGACACACACUAGAAUGACUCUUUUCUCAGGGACUUGCAUGGGCCCCCAGCUUGGGCUGGUGGGAUUAAAUAUCUCACCUACUGCCUCAUAAACAGGGAUUCCCUUCAACCCAGCUUUUGUAAUGCUCUUGUCAUCUUACUACUUGAUGUGGACCUCAAACUGAUCUGUAAUUGCAAAUGUUUUUAAUGUGUAGAAGAAAUGAAGACUGCCUUGUGUCUGUCUCCUGAGUAUUUUAUUGAUUUUUAUUUUAGGUGGGGAGAGAAAGGAAUAAUGGUUGGGACAUCAUCCAUCACCUUUAUGUUGUUUGGGGUUACAUGAGGUGGCUAACACUCUUAGGUAGAGUGAAUGAGGAAGAAGGAAAUCAGUCUGCAUGAAAUCACAUUGAUUUUGGUUUCUGCCCGCAGGAUUUUACUUUCU